AAAGGAAUUACUUCCCCAAAAAAGCGAUAGGACGCUGUGGAAUGUAGGGAUUGGAAGUGACUUCAUUAAACACCCAAUAUGAACAGAAACGUCCGAUUAAUUUAAAGGUCCCGAUAUGUUGUAUAAACAAUCUCUUGGCCCAAUGAAACGACGUUCCUUUAAGUUUACGUAGUUCCCUGAAAGGUGUGCUUUGCUUCACAGAUGAGGGGAAUUUUUUAUCUCGGCAUAAGACACCCUCUAUAGAUCGGGAAAAAAAUUCCCUUCGUGUCUGAGCUUUCCCUCAUUGCGCCAGACGAAUUUAUCGCGUACAAAAGGAAGUUUGUCCUCUUUGAAACAGCGAUGACUAUUGCGGAAUCAAAACAGGACGGGACUGAAGCCGAGAAAGGGCGAGAGAAGCCAUCCAGCCCAAUGGAUCAGAUGGGGAAGAUGAGACCUCAGCCUUAUGGAGGAAACCACCUAUACACACAACAGCAGGGACCUCAGUCAGGGCAACAACAAGGCCAUGGGUAUCCGGGACAGCCAUAUGGGCCACAGACGCCCCAGAGAUAUCCAAUGGGAACUUUGAGCAGGACACAAACGGCCAUGGGAAGCAUUUCUUAUCCACAACAGAUCCCUCCUUACGGACAGCAGGGCCCUAGUGGCUAUGGGCAGCAGGGCCAGACUCCCUAUUAUAACCAGCAGAGUCCUCAUCCUCAGCAACAGCCGCAGCCUUCCUAUGCCCAGCAGCCGCCCUCACAGACCCCGCACGCCCAGCCUUCCUAUCAGCAACAGCAAACUCAAUCCCAGCCUCCACAGCUUCAGUCCUCCCAGACCCCGUACUCUCAGCAGCAGUCACAGCCACCCCAUCAGCAGUCUCCAUCGCCAUAUCCUCAGCAACCGCCCACCGCCCAGCAGCAGCAGCAGCAGCACCCACAGAGUCAGCCUCCCUACUCUCAGCAGCAGUCCCAGUCAACGUACCAGCAGCAGCAGCAGCAGCAAGCUCAGCAGUCUGCUACCUCGGCGCUUUCCCAACAGUCGGCGUCAUACUCUCAGCCUCAGUCACAGCAGCCGUCGGCAUAUUCUCAGCAGCGCUUCCCACCUCCCCAGGAGUUAUCACAAGACUCGUUUGGGUCGCAAGCAUCAUCUGCUGCCUCAAUGGCUUCCAGUAAGGGGCAAGAAGAUGUGAAUUUGAAUCUUCAGUCAAGACCCUCGAGCUUGCCGGAUCUCUCUGGUUCAAUAGAUGAUCUGCCUAUGGGUACAGAAGGAGCACUGAGUCCUGGCGUAAGCACAUCAGGGAUUUCCAGCAGUCAAGGAGAGCAGAGUAAUCCAGCUCAGUCUCCUUUUUCUCCACAUACCUCUCCUCACUUGCCAGGCAUCAGAGGACCUUCCCCAUCACCAGUUGGGUCUCCAGCAAGUGUAGCUCAGUCACGCUCUGGUCCCCUGUCUCCUGCUGCAGUACCAGGCAACCAGAUGCCACCACGACCGCCCAGUGGCCAAUCAGACAGCAUCUUGCAUCCCUCCAUGAAUCAGUCAACCAUAACGCCAGAUAGAGUAGGUUACAUACAAAGGAACCCGCAAAUGCCCCAGUAUAAUUCUCCUCAGCCUGGGUCUGCCUUAUCGCCACGCCAGUCUUCUGGAGGACAGAUGCAUGCUGGGAUGGGACCGUACCAACAGAAUUCCAUGGGCAGUUAUGUACCUCAGGGAGGUCAAUAUGGACCUCAAGGUGGAUAUCCAAGGCAGCCAAACUACAAUGCAAUGCCCAAUGCGAAUUACCCCAGCCCAGGAAUGGGAGGAACCAUGAACCCCAUGGGAGCAGGGGGCCAGAUCCAUGGUCAGACUGGCGUGCCACCCUAUCCUGGGCUUCCUCCGGGAAGAGGUUUGACCCAUGCGGCUAUGGGGAAUAGACCCUAUGGACCCAACAUGGCGAAUAUGCCUCCCCAAGUAGGAACUGGGAUGUGUCCUCCACCAGGUGGCAGGAAAGCACAAGAAGCUGCUGCCGCUGCUAUGCACGCUGCUGCGGUCAACUCCAUCCAGAACCGGCCAUCUGGAUACCCCCAUAUUAACCAAGGAGCAAUGAUGGGAACUGGGCCUCCCUAUGGCCAAGGAAUUAAUAGCAUGGGUGGGAUGCUCAAUCCCCAGGGCCCACCUUAUCCAAUGGGUGGGAAUAUGGCCAACAAUUCAGCAGGGAUGGCUGCAAGUCCAGAGAUGAUGGGACUUGGGGACGUUAAACUAACACCUGCAGCAAAAAUGAACAACAAGGCAGAUGGAACACCAAAAGCGGAGUCCAAGUCAAAGAAAUCCAGCUCCUCUACGACCACAAACGAGAAGAUUACUAAAUUGUAUGAGCUAGGAGGUGAGCCAGAAAGAAAGAUGUGGGUAGAUCGCUAUUUGUCCUUCACUGAGGAGAAAGCAAUGGGCAUGACCAAUCUUCCAGCUGUGGGUCGGAAACCCCUAGACCUGUACCGUCUCUACAUCUCUGUGAAGGAAAUUGGAGGACUGACUCAGGUGAACAAAAACAAGAAGUGGCGGGAGUUAGCAACCAAUUUGAACGUGGGCACCUCUAGCAGUGCAGCUAGCUCACUGAAGAAGCAGUACAUCCAGUGUCUCUAUGCCUUUGAGUGCAAGAUUGAACGAGGUGAAGACCCUCCCCCAGACAUCUUUGCAACUGAUUCAAAAAAGUCACAGCCCAAAAUACAGCCUCCAUCUCCAGCGGGUUCAGGUUCCAUGCAAGGCCCUCAAACACCUCAGUCCACCAGUAGCUCCAUGGCUGAAGGAGGAGACUUGAAGCCCCCAACUCCUGCAUCUACACCACACAGCCAGAUGCCCCCUUUGCAAGGCAUCAGGAGUAACUCGGUAGGUCUUCAGGAUGCCUUUCCUGAUGGAACUGACCCUACCUUCCAGAAGAGGAACUCCAUGACUCCUAAUCCAGGGUAUCAGCCCAGCAUGAAUACUUCCGACAUGAUGGGUCGCAUGUCCUAUGAGCCAAAUAAGGAUCCUUAUGGCAGUAUGAGAAAAGGAAGUGAUCCCUUUAUGUCCUCAGGGCAGGGUCCCAACAGUGGCAUGGGUGAUCCUUAUAAUCGUGCUACAGGUCCAGGGAUGAGUAAUAUGGCCAUGGGCCAGAGGCAACAUUAUCCUUACGGCCCUUAUGACAGAGUGAGGACUGAAACAGGAAUGGUGCCUGAAGCCAACCUGGGAACUGGAACUGCCCAGGCCAACAUCAUGCCUUCCGCACCUGAUUCAGGGAUGUAUUCACCAAGCCGCUAUCCUCAACAGCCACAGCAGCGACAUGAUUCCUAUGGCAAUCAGUUUUCCACUCAAGGUACAUCCUCUGGCAGCCCCUUUCCUAGCCAGCAGACCACCCUGUAUCAGCAACAACAGCAGAAUUACAAGCGGCCGAUGGAUGGCAAUUAUGGGCCCCCAGCCAAACGGCAUGAAGCAGAGAUGUACAACGUACCCUACAGUGCAGGCCAAGGCCAAGCCCAGCAGCAGCUUCCUCCAGCCCAAACCCAACCAGCUAGCCAGCAACCAUCUGCUCAACCUUCUCCACAGCAGGAAAUCUAUAACCAGUAUGGGAAUACCUACUCUGCCACAGACCGCCGACCUGCCACUGGGCCACAGAACCAGUUCCCAUUCCAGUUCGGCAGAGAGAGGGUCUCUGCUCCCCCGGGCUCUAGUACCCAGCAGAAUAUGCCUCCCCAGAUGAUGGGAGGCCCCAUACAGUCCACCCCAGAGGGUCCGCAGCAGGGCACCAUGUGGCAAGGACGUAACGAGAUGGGUUACAGCUAUCCCAACCGGCAAAGUACCAGCUCUGCACCCCAGGGACCCGCGUAUCACGGAGUGAACCGAACGGAUGAAAUGCUGCACCCAGACCAGAGGGGUAAUCACGAGGGACCAUGGCCAUCUCAUAGUAACCGCCAGCCUCCUUAUGGUCCCUCUGCCCCCGUGCCACCCAUGACAAGGCCACCCCAGCCCAACUACCAGACCCAGCCAAGCAUGCAGAAUCACAUUCCUCAGGUAUCCAGCCCAGCACCUCUUCCCAGGCCGGUGGAAAACCGCACCUCUCCCAGUAAAUCUCCAUUCAUGCAUUCAGGAAUGAAGAUGCAGAAGGCAGGGCCCCCAGUUCCUGCAUCCCAUAUAACGCCAGCAGCUGUACAGCCUCCUAUGAUACGACGGGACAUCACGUUCCCACCCGGGUCAGUGGAAGCUACGCAACCAGUGCUGAAGCAGAGGCGUCGUCUGACUACGAAAGAUAUUGGAACUCCUGAAGCGUGGAGGGUAAUGAUGUCUCUGAAAUCUGGAUUACUGGCUGAAAGUACAUGGGCCUUGGAUACCAUAAACAUCCUGCUUUAUGAUGACAACAGCAUAAUGACUUUCAACCUCAGCCAGCUUCCAGGGUUGUUGGAGCUACUGGUGGAAUAUUUUCGGCGCUGUCUGAUUGAAAUCUUUGGAAUCCUAAAGGAAUAUGAGGUGGGAGAUCCAGGUCAGAGAACACUAUUGGAUCCCGAAAGGUUCAGCAAAUCUUCGAGUCCUUCUGCUGAAGCAGGAGAGAGAGAAGAGCCACAGAGUACUAAUUGUGAGGAAAAUGAGGAGGAGGAGGAGGAGGAAGAGGAAGGAGAAGAGGAAGCUGCCUUUGCAAAUAAAGCCACAGCACCUCUCGAGAGCAGUGAAGAGAAGCUAGUCAGUAAAUUUGACAAGCUUCCAGUCAAGAUAGUGCAGAAGAAUGAUCCAUUUGUAGUAGAUUAUUCCGGCAAACUUGGUCGGGUCCAGGAGUUUGAGAGUGGACUGCUACACUGGCGGAUUGGUGGGGGAGACACCACUGAGCACAUUCAAACCCACUUUGAAAGCAAAAUGGAGCUGUCUUUGACUCAUAAACGAGCUUCCUGCAACUCUGUUUUGCUGCGAAAACCAUAUGUUGCUGAGAGCCACCCAGUCACUCGAGAGGGAGAGUCCCCUCCUUCCGAGGGUCCUCCUGAAAAAAGGAUAACGGCUACUAUGGAUGACAUGCUUUCGGCACGACCAGGCUCACUGGCAGAGGAAGAAGAGAUCAGGAACAUGGAGGCAGCAAAGGAGAGUAGUAAAUUUCCAUUUGGGAUUAGUCCGGCUCAGAAUCACAGGAACAUAAAAAUCUUAGAAGAUGAGCCUCACAGUAAAGAUGAAACACCUCUGUGCACGCUUCUAGACUGGCAGGACUCGUUGUCUAAACGCUGCGUCUGUGUAUCUAACAUCAUCAGGAGUUUAUCGUUUGUGCCAGGCAAUGACUUUGAGAUGUCUAAACACCCUGGUUUGCUGCUGAUCCUAGGGAAACUAAUUCUCCUGCACCAUAAGCAUCCAGAACGCAAACAGGCACCACUGACGUACGAAAAGGAAGAGGAGCAGGACCAAGGAGUGAGCUGCAACAAAGUGGAGUGGUGGUGGGACUGCUUGGAAAUGCUACGUGAAAACACUUUGGUCACGCUGGCCAACAUCUCUGGCCAGCUGGACCUUUCGCCAUACCCAGAGAGUAUCUGUUUGCCUAUACUGGAUGGACUCCUCCAUUGGGCGGUGUGUCCUUCGGCAGAAGCCCAAGAUCCUUUCCCAACCCUGGGGCCUAAUGCUGUCCUCUCCCCUCAGAGACUAGUUUUGGAAACCCUCAGCAAACUCAGCAUCCAGGACAACAACGUGGAUUUGAUCCUAGCAACGCCACCCUUCAGUCGCUUGGAGAAACUGUACGGCACCAUGGUGCGUUUCCUUAGUGACCGAAAGAACCCCGUAUGUCGGGAAAUGGCUGUGGUACUACUGGCCAACUUGGCGCAGGGCGACAGCUUGGCAGCUAGAGCCAUUGCCGUGCAGAAGGGCAGCAUUGGCAACUUGCUAGGCUUCUUGGAAGACAGCCUGGCAGCCACUCAGUUCCAGCAAAGCCAAGCCACUUUGAUGCACAUGCAGAACCCUCCCUUUGAGCCGACCAGUGUGGACAUGAUGCGCCGGGCAGCCCGAGCACUGCUCGCUCUGGCCAAAGUGGACGAGAACCACUCAGAGUUCACGUUAUACGAGUCACGGCUGUUGGACAUCUCCGUGUCACCUCUGAUGAACUCAUUGGUUUCACAAGUUAUUUGUGACGUACUGUUUUUAAUUGGCCAGUCAUGACAGCCGUGGGAUGCCUAUACCCCUGUGUGCGUGUGUGUGAGUGGAGGACUUAGAAACUGAUUGUUGCCCUUUAUUUAUGCAAAACCACCUCAGAAUCCACUGUCUGCCCUGCGCUGUCCUGCUUCUACCUUUGGGGAAAAGAUGUUCCCUUUCCCCCUCACCUCUGCCCUUCAGAUCUGUCCUAAUCCCCUGUUCAAGGAGACAAAGCUCUGCCUACAUUUAAAAAAAAAACAAACUUUUUUUAUUUUAACCAAAGUUGCUGUCGUUUACAGUGAGUUUGGGGAAAAAAACAACUUUGUCCUGUUAUCGCAUCAACAGGCACUACUUUCAUAACUGUUUUUAAUGGUAAAACUCUGAAGGACAAAAAAAGUGACUGCUGAACUCUUGUGUGGUUUAUCGUUGUACAUUCACAAUCUUGCAGGAACUAAGAAGCUACCAGUUGUUAACAGACCUUGUCCAAUGGAGGCCUGUGCAGUAGAGUGUAGAACUUCAUGUACUGUACACCUUAAACUGUAAACAUACUGUAAUAAUGUCUCACAUUGAAGAAGAAGAAAAAAAAGCUGGAUCAGCAGCAAGCUGUAGUUUUUAAAAAUGUUUUUAGUUAAUGUUGAGGAGAAAAAAAGGCUUUUCCCCCAAAGUAUCAUGUGUGAACCUACAACACCCUGACCUCUUUCUCUCUUCCUCCUUGAUUGUAUGAAUAACCCUGAGAUCACCUCUUAGAACUGGUUUUAACCUUUAGAUGCAGCCUGACAGCUGCCACGUGUGUAUAUAUAUAUGACGUUGUACAUUGCACAUGCCCUCAGACUCCUUGCAGUUUUGUCCCCAUUUCCCUUGCCCACCCCUUUAUAGUAGGACGAGUUAAAUGAGUUGAUGACCUGCAAAAGCGAGACACCAAUUAUUUAAUCUCUUGCCAGACAUCUCUUUCUUUCUCUUCUCUCUUUCUCUCUCUCUCUCUCUCUUUCUUUCUGUCGUUUUUCUCUCUUUUCUGGAGGAUGCUGUACAGGUCUCUUGUGUAUAAAGUCAUUUGCUGUCUCAGCAGCCAAUCAACUUAUAGUUUUAUUUUUCCUGGGGUUUUUUGUUUUUGUUUUUCUUUCUAAUCGAGGUGUGAAAAAGUUCUAGGUUCAGUUGAAGUUCCUGAUGAAGAAACACAAUUGAGAUUUUUCAGUGAUGAAUUCUGCAUAUUUGUAUUUCAGACGAUGUAGCUAAAAAAACUUGAUGUAAAUUCCUCCCUUUUUUCCUUUUUUGGCUUAAUGAAUAUCAUUUAUUCAGUAUGAAAUCUUUAUACUAUAUGUUCCACGUGUUAAGAAUAAAUGUACAUUAAAUCUUGG